AUGGCCGCAGAAGAUGGACUGGCGGACGGGAGCAUGGCCGAUAUCGUUCGGGCACUUGAGCUCAUCCACAAUCCGUCAUCGACAAAUGAGCUCCGCAGAGAGGCCUUGCAAUUUGUGGAGUCGCAAAAGGGAAGUCCUUCCGCGGCUCGUAACGGCUUUCUGCUAGCAUCACGGAGGGAGAAUGAUGCCUUGGUCCGGUAUUUUGGGUUGACUCUUCUCGAUCAUGUCUUACGCCAUACCUCAUUCACCGCUACGGAUGAGAUUGUGGGUCUGAGGGAUAUUGUGCUGAAGCUUGCCGAAUCGAUUCAGCCAGAGGACCCUGUGUAUAUUCGAAACAAGAUUCCUCAACUAUGGGCGGAGGUUGCCAAGAGAAGCUGGGGUUUAGAUUGGCUCGAUAUGGAUCAACGCCUAGUCCAGUUCUGGAAUGCUAGUCUUGUGCAUAAAGAACUGGUCCUAUCUGUUCUCGAGACACUAUCGGAAGAUAUCUUCUAUCGAGAAGACACUGUUUCGUCGUUACGCGGAACCGAUCUAAACCGUGCAUUGGUAGAAAUCUGUACGCCGCUGGCUGUAUUUGAAGAGGCGUACCCAAAACGAGACAACCAGGUUGACCUACGGUGCGGCAAUGAAGGUUGGCUUGCCCGGACAUGCGAGUUCCUUCAAGACUGCAUUGGAAACAUACAGCACUCCAAACAAGCAAAGGAUGCCGCCCUGAAGGCUCUGGCGAGCCUGAAAUCGGUCUUGGUUUGGUCAAUCCCCAGAGCUAUCCUGAUCUCAGGAUGUGUCCAAAGUAUAGCCAGAGCUUUUACUUGCGAUGAUGAACAGGUGUUAUUGGUAAGUCUCAUGUCGUUUGGGCAAUACAUCGCUUUAACAAACUAUUCAGGCCGCCGUCGAAGCCUUGCAUGCGUUAUAUAG